UAUCACCUAGCCCCACCGAGCUUUGUGCUACAUGGAUUCCUUGAGCAGGUGUUAGAACGCGCAUCAAACGAACGAAUAGGAUCCAAGUAUAGCGUGUAAAUUGGCACAUGUGCGGGCGUGGUGGGCAUGCGGGAUUGGCUAAACCUACCUACCCUUUUUCGUUCUCGACCAAAAAGGCCCUUGUUACAAAUCCUUUUUGGAGGGAAAAAGAGCCUCGAGAAGUUUUUAACUCGUGAAAAUCCCACCUACAACCACACUUCCAAUAAAUACCCCCACCUCUUUCUUUUCCCUUCAAAUUCCUCUUCUCUUCCUCUCUCUCUCUUUCUCUCUCGAAUGCCCAUUUCAAAAUCACCCUUAGGUUUUCCAUUUUAGGGUGGAAAGAUGACGCAGAGCAGCUGCUGCAAUUACAGCAGCAGCAUUGCCAGUGCUGAUUUCCAUCUCCCUGACGAGAUCCUGUCCGUCAUCCCAACGGAUCCAUACGAUCAGCUCGAUCUGGCACGGAAGAUCACGUCGAUGGCAAUUGCCUGCCGUGUAUCGAGGCUAGAGUCUGAGGCUGCGGGUCUGCGGCAGAAGAUUGUGGAUAAGGAUCACAUGGCACAUGAGUUGCAGGAGCGGCUGUCCCAGCUCGAGGACGCGUUGCGGGAGUCCGACACACGUUUGCGGGAAGCCCUAGAUGACAAUAUGAGGCUGACAAGUGAACGGGAUGCGUUGGCUAUAACAGCUAAGAAGCUUCACCGAGAUUUGGCGAAGCUGGAGGCAUUCAAGAAGCACCUGAUGAAGUCACUGAAAGAUGAAAGUUCACCUGCAGAAGCUGUUGAUAUAAUGACCUGUGACCAAUCAGUUAUCCAUGUCUCUUCACUGAAGGAAGAGGGUUCCAAUGGCUACAUGGAGACAAAUCUAGUUCGUGGCUCUACAGGAAUGGCAGUUCAUGAUGGCCAUCUUCAUGAUUGGACCCACCUUCUUCUAGAUUUCCCUCGCACUUGCCACGUUGGUCCAGACUCAAGGCAUGCUGGUCAGAGAUCCUAUGUGACUCCAUACAUCACACCACGAACUACAACCCCAAAAGAGAUAUCAACAGCUGGUUCCUCUAGAGGGUUCACUUGUGCAGGAUCUCCGAAAAUGACCUCUGGUACCACAUCUCCCACCAAGCCUAAGUUUGAAGUACGGGCUGCUCUGUCGUCAUGGAGCCAGCAGUCUUCUGCCAGAAGCUCUCCUCCCCGUGAACGCUCAAUCCCAGUGCGCACUCCUCGCGUUGAUGGAAAGGAGUUCUUCCGUCAAGCCAGGAGUCAACUCUCAUAUGAACAGUUCAGUGCAUUCCUAACCAACAUCAAGGAGCUCAAUUCUCAUAAGCAAUCCCGCAAGGAAACUCUGAAGAAGGCGGAAGAGAUAUUCGGUACAGACAACAAAAAUCUUUACUUGUCCUUUCAGGGGUUGCUUAACCGCAGUAUGCCUUAGAACAAUUCAAAAUCAGGUAACAAUAGCCUUCUCUUUUCCGCUUUCUCUGUCGCUUGAUGUCUUUCAGGCUGGUCAUCAGGUAGGCCACUCUAGUGCAAUGAAAAGGCCCUGACAAAUUCUAACCAGCCUAAUUUGGGGCCAAAUUCUCAAAGUGGGACCCAUCUGAUGCAUGCUCAGACAUCCCAGACGUUUGCCAGUUUAGCACAUGCAUCUGCAUGUGGGGCUAUAAAAGCUGUAAGCCUUAUAUGAAAUGGACAAUGUGCGCAUGGAUGUAGCAUCCAUUUUGAAGUAUUAGCAUGUUUGGCGCCA